UUCGGGAUUGAACGGCUGUCGUGGGUUGCUUUAAAGGAGGCUAAGGAGGGAUGGGACGAUUGCAACCUGUCAAGGACAUGGUUUGCAUAGAAGAUCUUGUCUAAACGGCGAGAAUCAUCACCUCGUUGACCAUCAUCGAACUCCGUGACUGUAUUAUUCCACUUGGCUCCUCCUCAAACAUACCUUCCAGCAUGUCGAAUAGUCCUGGUCUGCUGGCUUUAAGCCCACUUGACCACAUCCCGGCGAAGCUCUUCCUGCCGUACAUCCUGUACUUCGACACGGUUGACACGCAAACAGCCCUAUUCACCCUCCAGAAAGGCAUUGACAAGUUGAUUUCAGAAUUGCCCUGGCUUGCCGGAGAUGUGAUUCUUCACACCGCGCCAGAAGGGCCCAAGAACCGAAUGCAUAUUGCGCCCCCAUGUAUCCCUCUUUCUGAGGUCCCUAUGCUGAAGGUCAAGCACUUUGACGGCGAUAAAGAUUCUAGCUCACAACCCAUUCAAUCCUUCCUCCCUCUGCCUACAUUUAUUCCAGCCUCCCAACAGCGUCCCGUUCUUCGCUUUCAGGCAAAUGUCUUUUCUGGCAGGAUUAUUGUGGCCAUGUCCUUCUGGCACAGCGUCUUUGAUGGUACCGGGGCCGGUGUUAUCCUUGAAGCAGUCGCCGAGUGUUGCAAGUCAACCAGCGAAGAGUUUACAACCAACCUCGUGCAGACUAUCGCGGAGACCCAUGCUGAACUCCGGAAGAAAGUCUCGAACUUUCCAUCUGAAUGUGUGACGCGCCUCGACCACAGCGUUGAGUUAGGAACACCUGUUUUUGAUCCCAACAUUUCCACCGAGCAGUGGAAUGCAAUGGAAUCUGCCUUGGCCUCCACGGUCGAGACAAAGCGAUACACCUUCAGCCCCGAGAAAGUCGCCAAGGUGAAGGAUAUUUGUACCCAACUCAUGCCGCAGUUGCGGUCCUCGGAGUGGAUUUCUAGCAACGAUGUUAUUACCGCAACACUGGCCAUCUGCGUCGACCGAGCCCUUCACCCAGAGCGGGCAGACAAAACCCAAAGCGCCGAUUUCCUGAUGGCCGUCGAUUUGCGAAACCGAGUUGAUCCUCCGCUACCAGAGACCUACCUUGGGAACUCGAUCUUCCCUGUCCACGACGAUAUCUAUUCUGAAGCAAUGGCAGGUCAGACAGGGGAUGGUGCAGACACCCUACACCUAGCGCAGUUGGCACUGCGUAUCCGCACCAAGCUUACAUCAAUGGACAAGACUCUCAUGUAUAGUGCAUCAGCCGCCGUCGCCGACUAUGAAGACUGGACCAAAGUCGAAGCAGGACCCGCGGGGAUUAUCGUAACCAGCUGGAGAGGUCUCAAGGUCUUUUCGCUAGAUUUUGGCGCCGGACUGGGCCACAUUGUAGACUUCGAGCCCGGGCUAACGCUUGUCCCUGGUGGGUGUAUCUUUCUGCCGUCGCGGACGUCCUUGGAGAAGAGUGGGUCGAUUCCGAUGUGGGAAGUAUGCAUCACCCUGAAAGCCGGGGAUUCCCAAGUGCUGGAGAAGGAUCCACUGUUUAACCGGAUUUUGGCAUGAUAUAUGUUGGAGUGUGGAUUAUGGGUGUAUGAAGUGUACUACGUGACUUUUGAUGACUGAAUUUUUUGUUGACCAUACUAGCAAUGUUUCUGAAUUAUAUGCCGAAUACGGGGCACUCUAGACAGUGUCAGCAAUGCUGCUUAGUAUAUCCACAUGCUGCUAUUCCCAUCUUAUACCGGACCCGUGGGUUGUGCUCCAGGCCAUUUUAGUGCCGGCCGAUCAUCAAUAGGUCUAGGGUAGAAUCCCUGACACUCGUGCAUGGUGAGCAUUAUACUAUAGACGUGCGAGCUCCAUUUGUCUUUACCAAUGGCAGAUAAGACACAUAAGGCUUGAGCCUUUCCCGGAUGGGGAUGAUGGUGUAAUGGGUAGG